AUGGCGGCGGCGGACCUGCAGGAGCUGCGGGCGCUGGUGGAGCGGGUGGGCGGCCGGCGGGCAGUACUGCUGGUGGCCGAGGUGGCGGAGGGAGCCCCGACGGCGCCCGCGCUGGCCGCCUUCGCCCGCGACCUCCUGGGCGACGAGGCGCCGCGCGCACCGUGUCCGGCACCAGUGCCGGUGCCGGGGUGCCGGGCGCGGCGGGCGGCGGGCGGCCGCCGGCGGGCGCUGGGAGCGCGGCUGCUGCUGGUGCUGUGCGGCGGCGGAGCGGCGCGGGGCCGCGGGGCGCGCACCCGCCUGCGGGAGGUGGUGCGGGACGUGCGCGGCCGCCUGCCCGCGGGGCCGCCGCCCGCCGUCGUGGGCGUCCUGCUGCCCGGUGGGGACGGAGAGGACGCGGCAGUGCUGGACGCGGCGCUGCGGCGGCAUUUCCCGGUGCCCGGCACGGUGCAGGCGGCCCGGUACAGCCCGGGCAGCCCCGGCGAUUGCCGCGCCGCCGCCUGCCGCGCCCUGCGGGCCGCCCUGCAGCACCCCGCAGAAGACAUGAAGGACAGGGAGAGGUGGAGGUUCCCAUCCUUCCUGCAGUGCAUUUCUUGGAACCAGAGGAGCUGGAGAAAAGAUUAUGAAGCAAAAGCUGAAAACAACAUCCAUGAAGAUAACCUGCAGGACCCUGAGGAAGAAGUGGCUCUGGCCAGCCUUUCCCCCAGUGGAAACUGCGAAGAAGCUGCUGGAGGCACAGGCACCUAGAGCUGCUGGGCAUCCAACACAGUCCACAUCCCAGACCUGCCCAGUGGGUUUGGAGCAGUGGGAGGAGGAGCUGGUACAGCCCUCUCCUCCAAGGACCCUCAGCUCCAGGGAAAAGCUACUUGGCUGAACUCACCAGGGUCUUUUGUAACUGCUGCCAGCCCUGGGGUCUGUGCCAGAGCCAUUCCCUGCUGUGCCCUGCUGCCCCAGGGCACCUGGAGCUGCUUCUGGGCACUGGGCUUCUGAGAAACCCUUUGGGGAUCUACCUCACAUCCUGGGCAAAAUGAUGUUGGGACUUUGAGUGUGAUAUGCAGCCACCUGUUUGAAGAAUGAGAAAUGUUUUCUAAUUCUGAGCCAAGUUCCUGCUGAGGUUGCUGGGGCUGGCCUCCCUGGCAGAUUGAUUGUGCUGUCUCACUUUCCUGCUUUAUUGGUGUCUGGAAGGUCUCACCCCUCCCCCCAAAAAACAAAAAAAAAAAGCAACCCAGGAACAAGUAACAUAGUGGCUUGGAGACUGCACUGGGACAAAAUGUGAGCUCUUGGAUCUGAUCAUCAGCUACUGAAAAGGCUUGAGUGUAACAGUGUAAUGUGAAAAAUGCAGUAACAGCCCAACUUGAGUGCCAAGAAUAACAUGAAAGAUACUGACAGUACUGGCAUCUAGAUCAGAGUGGGGUUUGGGAGCAGGAUCUGUCUCUCUGGCUUGUCCUGGUGCUCACAGGCUAACUGAGGGAUGCCUGGCUUGGAGGGUGGCAGGUGGGCACUAAGAUUUGACUGGUGCUGGAUGGGGAUACAGGAGAGGGCCAUUUUACCUGGGACAUCUCCACAGGCAUGGCACAUCGUGGAGGUGGCCUGCAGCACAACAAGAUGUGGCUGUUUUAUAAACAAACAUAAAAAUAUAAAAGUUAUCUAUUUAAGUAGAUCCAAAGGGCUGCCUGUAGCCUGUGGGACAACACAACUAACUAGAAAUCCUUGGUUUACGAGGAAUAUUACUCUAAUGCUAAGAAUAUCUUUUAAAUUGUUUAUGCAACAUAAAAGAGUUCCUGUUUUAUUUUGAGGACAAGCUUGGGGCUGGCUUUCCUUUAUUAGUUUCCUCCAGCUCAGACCAGAAAUUUCAACCUGCCUACCUCUACUUUGGGUUAGUUGCCCAAGUACAUCCUCUGUGCAUGUCUGUCCUCUCUCUGGCUCCUUUUUCUCCACUGGCAGCAGAAGUGUCUGGAGUCCUGCCAGCUCUAGCCAGCACUAUCCUGCAGCAGUUUGCCUUUGGCAUCUCAGAAGCUCUUCCCUGAAGGAGGGGAUGCUGCUCGGCAGAGGGGGCACUGACCCACUCUCCUUCCAGCCUCCAGGAUUUCUGUGCUUAUGACCUGUGGAAGAUACAAAUGUAACAAAGUGACUUGGUGUGGGUGACUGCAUUAUUGACCCUGAGUUUCAGCACUGAGCACUCAGUGCAUCGUGGUGAGAUUAAGGUUCCCUCCUGCUCCAUCCCUGCACAGCCCAGAUGGCUGUGCAGGUCUGUAUUUCCUAGUAAAGCCCUGGUUAGGUCAAGCAGGACUCACCAGUAGGAAUCUUUAUUUUCUUGCAGCAUUUAGCCUUUGCUACUAAGCAUUCUCCAGUGAAGAGGUGAUCCAAGAGCACCUCCCUUAGUGCUGCAAAUCUACUGGAUUUAUUUACUGGUACAUUUUAGGUAAACCAUGCAAGUUUGCCCCUGCAAGACUGAUGGAAGUGGAUGAACUGCCCAGGCUUUAGGAGGUGUGAGCAAGAAUACAUUUGACUAAAAGUACUGGUUUUCUUUGACUAGGAAUAAAAGUGAUUUGAGUUACUUUUUUUUCUUUUCUCUUCUGUCUGUGCACUUGGAGUAUAACUACAUAUUUUAACAUAUUUGAUUGAA